AUGCCAGUCUUCUGUCACUCCUCGGGUUGGUGCUCGACCAUCUCCACCGAUCGUAGCAUCGCUUUUUGGCGAUUGGAGGAAGGAGGUACCACCCUUACUUGUCACCGUUUUGCCCAACGCUUUGGUUCAGUGGGUGGUGUUGGUGGUGGUGGAGGUUGGUUCGUUUCCUGCGCCUCUCAACUCCUCUCCGAUUCCCUCUUCAUUGCGGGACCCCCUGCAACCUCUUCCAUCUCAGGCGAUUCGAGCCCCAAUCUUCUAUCUUCCACUUGCUUUUUUGGAUGCUGUGACAGCGUUCCUCUAGCAUCAACAAUGACUGCAGACAGUGACCACAUCUUUCGGCCAUCGGGCAGUGUACUGCUACGUGGAGGGCAGCUUUCUUCGAUGGUGGCACUGCCUCUGGCAGAAGCAGUCCUCACUGGCACUACUUCUGGCCUUCUUAAUCUCUUUUAUUGA